GAUAAACUUUAAUACAUAGUUUAUCUUGAAAUCUUUAGGCAGUAGAAGGUAUGAUGAGGGUAUGCAUAGUUUUAGUGGGCUUACUAUGCCUGUUGAGCAUUGAAGCUUAUGAAGUUGGACUCACUUUUCUGGACAGUGCUGUUGCUCAAGGAGCUGUUUGUUUGGAUGGAAGUGCCCCUGCAUAUCAUAUGGACAAGGGAUUCGGUGCAGGAAUCGAUAACUGGUUGGUUUUCUUCGAGGGAGGAGGUUGGUGCAACAAUGUCACGAAUUGUCUUGCUCGAAGAGAUACGCGUUUAGGUUCCUCCAAGCAAAUGUUGACAACCGAGACCUUCUCAGGGAUGUUUCACAACAAGCCUAAAUAUAACCCUGAUUUUUAUAAUUGGAAUAGAAUCAAGGUUCGGUAUUGUGAUGGAGCCUCUUUUACCGGUGAUGUGGAAGAAGUUGAUCCUAAAACCAAUCUUCACUUUAGAGGAGCAAGGAUUUUCCGUGCUGUUAUUGAAGAUUUAUUAGCAAAAGGAAUGAAGAACGCGACGAAUGCCAUGCUUGCUGGCUGUUCAGCUGGUGGACUGACCUCCAUACUGCAGUGCGAUAACUUCAGAUCACUUUUGCCUGCAAUCACUACAGUGAAAUGCCUUUCGGAUGCUGGUUUCUUCAUUAACGCGAAGACAGUUAUUGGAACAAGUCACAUUGAAGGCUUCUAUGCAGAUGUUGUUAAGACACAUGGAUCGGCUAAAGUUUUGUCACCAGCCUGCACUUCUAAAAUGAGUCCUGGUUUGUGUUUUUUCCCACAAAACAUGGUGCAAUACAUCGAAACUCCAAUUUUUUUGAUCAACGCCGCUUAUGAUUCAUGGCAGGUAAAAAAUAUAUUGGCUCCGGGUAUUGCUGAUCGAAAAGGAACCUGGCGCGAUUGCAAACUUGAUAUAACAAAGUGUUCAUCUGCUCAACUCAACAUCCUGCAAGGCUAUAGACAAGAGUUCUUGAAGGCGUUGACUGGAUUCGAUAGUUCUCCAUCGAGAGGAAUGUUCAUCAACUCUUGUUAUUCCCACUGUCAAACUGGAAUCCAAGAAACAUGGUUGAGAAAUGAUUCUCCGUUGUUGAGCAACACGACUAUUGCAAAAGCUGUUGGAGACUGGUAUUACGAGCGGGCUACAUUUCAACAGAUAGAUUGUCCAUACCCAUGUGAUGAAACAUGCCAUAACCGUGUUUUCGACUAGAAGUUGGCAUUGUUUGUUGAUUUUGAAGAACAUCACCCAAGAUAUAUGAUUCAGUAUACAGUAUUCUUUGACGUGCUAUAGACUGGAUUAUAUGCAUAUAUCAAAUAUUCAACCUCUCAGUAUGGUGGGGAAGUUUAAGUUAUUAAAAUUUAAGAUAUGUUUGUAAAAUUAUGUAUCACCAAUGUAUUCAUUCUUCUUUAUAAUUAUUCUAAUUA